UGCAUCUAUAGCACCCAGCAAGAUCGGCCGUCUGUAGCGCGCGGAGGACUGAAUGUCCAACUGGCAGGCCCUACAAAGCCAGAUGGAAUCGAAGGGUACAAAGCGGAAGCGAGAAAGUACUCAAAAACCUGCAUCAGAGCCACCUGUGCAUACGACACCGAAGAAGAAACGCAGUACACCCAAAGAUGCGUCGCAUAAGAAGCCUAUCAGUAAGGAGAAGGCAGUAUUGACGCCAGAAGCGAAUGUGGCGGCACCAGAGUUGAAAUUGACAGCCAUGGCAACGCUGGUCCAAGAUUCACGGUCUGCCAAGAUUGGCAAGUACCUCGCUCUCGAUUGCGAGAUGGUUGGAACGAAUGCCCCGCCGAUAGGACCGCGAGAGUCUUCGACACUGGCGCGGAUCAGUAUCACCAACUAUCAUGGUCAUGUCAUCUAUGAUACUUAUGUUGGACCGCCAAAAGGGCAUACAAUUACAGAUUACCGUACAUGGGUCAGUGGCAUCAAACCUCACCAUCUAUACAAAGCGCCUCCCUUUGAGGAAGUACAGGUACAUGUCAAGGAACUCCUCAAAGGCCGUAUACUAGUGGGUCAUGCUCUUAUCAAUGACUUCAAAGCCCUCCAGUUCACACAUCCAAAGCACAUGGUACGGGAUACAUCGACCUUUUCACGGUUCAAAGAGUACGCCACGGGCCGCACGCCGAGUUUAAAGAAGGUCGCGCAGGAAGAACUUCGCAUAGACAUUCAAGGGCGCGAGCAUAGUUCCGUGGAGGACGCAAGAGCAUGCAUGGCAUUGUAUCGCAAAUACAAGGCCGAAUUUGAAGAGAAGGCGAAGCAACGCGCUAUGGGCUUGUAGCAGCAGGGACACCUGUUUUUCUAGACUUCUAGACCGGUUGCUUGUCACUGUAUUAGAUUCCACCGUGUAAUGGCUGGCUCUUCUAUGCUGCCAUGCUCGUACGCCAGGACCCCUACACCUCCAGCAUCAAGUUGAAGCCCGCGUGCAUGACGAAUGUCGAGCCUAAUCCACCUUGCUCCUAGGCCACGCAGGAUAUGACCAUCUGUUGUUAGCUCCAUCAAUAAAAGAGGUGUAAUACGCGCAACAAAAAGAAUGUCGGGCUUUUCCAGAGCCUCUUCUU